GGUUAAUGAAGGCGACGCUGAUUGGUGGAACUCCGUAAGCAAUGUUUCUUAUUGGCUUGCUUAUGUGUGACGUCAUAGACAACAACAAUGUGACACAUACCAAACUUGAAAAAUAUCACGGCCUGUCAAACUAGUUGAAAUAUGAUUCUGCGAUUUAUCAGACCCUACGGAGGACGUCGAUGUUCUUGACUUGGACAGUAAGCAGCAUUGUGUAAUGUGAAUCAUGGGCAUCAACUGGGAAUAUCUUCGAGGGAUUACCAGGGAGGCUGCAGAAUGGGGAGAAGAGGAGCUAGAAGAACUAUACCAGACUUUAGCAGGAAUCUCAAAGCUGCGGUCACGGGACAAAUCUAUAGAAAAGCUGGAGCUUUUAUUUACACUUACACAAGCUGUCAUGAUGUGCAAAUAUUCUCAGGUGGUGUCAUUAGAAGAAGAAAUAGGUCGUCUAGCUGAAGCAGCUGGUAGAGGUGAUGCACAGAGAGAACAAGAACUUGAGGCUGAGGUUUCGAGACUUAAAACAAUGGUCGCUAGUGCCCAGGCACAAGCUGUUGCCGAAGAUGAAAACAUUGCAUAUGACUGGUCUAGUGGAUGGCGUCUUAAAAAGAAGGAAAUGGAAGAAGCCAUACAGAGGAAAAACAAUGAGAUACAGCAAUUCAUGGAUGACCUGCAGGCUUGUGAAAGUGAACGUUCUGACCUCCGCAUGACUGUAGAGGAACUCAGGGAGCGGCUGGCUGAAGCAACCCGGGAUAUUAAUAGUUUAACUGCUGACUACCUCAGUGUAAAGGAAUCCCUCUCUCAUGCACAAGAGAGCCUCAUGUUAGCACGAGAAGAGAUAAAUGGUUUGAAGAGCCAUACUGGAGAACUGACAGCUGGUAAAUCACGGAUACAGCUGAAGUAUGAUGAAUUAAGUACUGCUGUUGAUGCUAAAGUCAACCAGCUGAAGGUGGUUGUUGCCCAACGGGAAGCAGAGUUGCAAAGGUUGAGGUCACAGCUCCACCAGAAAUCUAUUGCGGCAUCAUCUGCUGUACAGCCAGUUCAGGGUGAUCUGUCUCAAGUUAUUCAGCUGGAACAGAGACUAAAAGUGAAGGACUUGGAAAUUGCACGUCUCCAAGAAAAAUUAAGUGAAGCUUCCAGUGAGAUUGAAUCUAGCGCACUUCUUAUUUCAAAGCUCAAAAAAAAGCAAAAUGUAACUGUUGAAGGAGAAGCUGCAGUUAUAAGUCAGCUAAGAGCAGAACUCCAUGAAGCACAGGAGCAUAUGCAAAGAAUGCGAACUCAGCUCUUAGCUGCUGAAGAAGAUGCUCAGCUUCAUGCUCAAGAUUUAUCAGUUGUCAUUGGAGAACUCCAGUCUUACAUGGCUGGUGAAUUUUCUUUGGCUGAUGCUGUUAGAGAACUGAAAGAAGCUCGGAAUCAAGUGCGUGUGAGAGACAGUCAGAUAACGCAGCUUACAGGCUUAGUUAAUUCUCUUCAGAUCAACAUUAAUGACCUUAUUGAGGAAAAUGGGGAAUUGAGGGAACAGUUAAAGCUGGAGCCUCGAGAGGAUAUUGAUCUUCCUGGUGUAAACAGAACUAAUUGGCAGGAUAGCAAGAAGAUUAUUGAGCGUCUCACAAACCAGGUUAACAAGCUUCAGGAUGAGAAAGUUACCCUAAAGACCAAGGUAUAUGAACUAACUAGGGAGUUGUCCAACACUAGAAGCUCUUUACAGUUGACCACUCUUGAGAUUCCAAAAGGUCUUUCUUCAGGCCAUACAAUGGCAAUAGACACACAGCCCUUGGAAGAACAGCUGAGUAAUCUGAGUGCUGCAGUUAAACAGUUAGUUGAGGAGAAGGAUAGACAACCAAGUAAUGAUUGUCAACGACAACUAGAAGACCUCAAAGAAAAGUAUCACAAAUUAGAAGGAGAAAAGUCAUCUUUAGAAAGAAUUUUAGCUGAGGAUAGAGCAAAGAAGAAGGUGACUCGAGAGUCUGAAACUUCAUAUGAGGAAAUGUUUUCUGAUGACAAGAAACCAGUGGAGUCAAAAUCUGAACCAAUUGUCAAAUCACCAAUAGCUGCACUAGAUGAACUCAUAGCUGCCUUGGGAAGUCUUCCACCAUCCACAGAAGAAGUUAUAGCCAAACUUAAAAAUCAGGUCAACUACCUUAUCCAGGAAUGCAACAAAAGAGAAGAGGAAAUUAACCAAAGAGAAAAGUCUGCUGUCAUUUAUACUAACCAAUUUGAUAGUCUUCAUGAGCAAGUAUCUGGCUUAAACGAACAAUUUACUUCUGAAAAAGAAAAAUGGUCAUCUGAAAGACAGACAUUGGUGAAAGAGAUAGAAGCUUUAACUGAUGAGAUUAAUGCCCAGAAGGCUCGUGUAGAAGAGAUGAGCACCACUAUUGAUGCCAUUUCUAGUGGUCAGGAUGGAGUGGAUGGGAAGAUUGCCAAUCGGCUAGCAGAACUUAGGUAUGACCUUGAGGUUUCUAAGUGUAAAAAUAAUAGCCAAGGGAGAGAAAUUGCAGAUCUUAACCAGAACUUGAAAGAAAAGCUUCAGGGACUACAGUCAAAAUGUAUUCAGGAAAAGAAGAUAAGGAAUGAAUAUGAACAAGAAAUAGAGCUCUUAAAGCACCGCAUCAGCAGGCUUGAAGAAGAACUGAGUCAGUGUGUGCCAAGAACUAUGGCUGAUCAGACUGCAGCACAGAUGGCUAAUAUCACUGCAAAAUAUCGUUCCUUGUUACAAGACCAGGCCCUCAUGGCACAAAAGAAGGAAGGUGAGCAUGCAAAAGAUUUGCAGAUAAAGCAGUUGACUGAGGAACGUGAACAACUCAGCCAGUUAUUGGAAAGUGCUAGAGAAAAAGUACAUUCACUUCAAGCAUCCUUGAAUCUCGUUGGGUCUGCUAAUUCUCAUAUCCAGGUUGAGGUUCUUUCCAAACAACUAGCUGCUGUUGAGCUGCGUGAAUUGAGGGAAAAGCAAAAGUCUGAACAUUCAACUGUUAUGUACCAGAAUAUUAAAAGGGAAUGUGAAGAACUGCAGCAACAUGCCACACAGCUGCAAAACACAGUGGACAGCAUUGCUAAAAUGAACCUUGCCCUGCAAACAACUGAAAUAGAUUUAAGACAGAAAUUGCAAGGUACCAUAAAUGAGGAGGAGCAUCAACGUGCCCUGAAAGAGCUUCAGCAGUUGAAAGAUGAAAAAGCUCAGCUGUCUUCUGAUAUUCAGAGACUACAGAACUUAACUGAAGUCUCAGAUUUGCAAAUGAAGCAGAAACAGUUCAUGGAGACAAAAGAUAAUUUAGAGAUGGAACAACUAAGGCAAAAGGCACAUGAUUUAGCUGCAAUAAGUAAUGAACGAGCUAAGAUUGGAGAGUUACAUCAAGAUAUUGUUCUGCUGAGAGUGAAAAAUUUGGAGUUAUUAUCAGAAUUGGAGGAAACAAAAGCUAUAAAUGAAAAGCAAGGCAUGAAGAUUAUACGGUUGAGCCAUCAAUUACGGGAUCGUGAAAGACUCCUUGAAACAGCAACUGAUUCAAGCAGGAGUCGUGCCAUUAGGCUUUAUACCAUAGUCAGGGAUUUAAGGCAACAGUAUGCAGGUGCUGUUCCCCUCUCACAGCAGGAGCGCUUGGUGGAUCUCCUAGAAACAUUGAAACAAGAAAGAAAUAAAAUUUUGAAUGCCCUUCAGAGUGCUCAACAUGAUAAGAUGGAAGCAAAAGUUGCUCUGCGACAGUUGAAGGUCAAACAGGAAGCUCUUGACGAGUUAAAGAGUGCUCUUACAUCAAAAAGUGUAACAAAGCAAAUUUCAAGCUGGUGUAGUAAACUAGAAGAAUCAAAACUACGAAAUGUUGAAUUAGAUGAAAAACUUCAGAGUCUUGAAGAAGAAAAAUCUUUGUAUGCAACUCGGAUUGAGGGGAAAGAUAAACGUUUAGGAGAGCUACAAGCACAGUUGUCCGAUAUGGAGAAGACUUGGAUGGAUGAACAGCUGGUGUGGGAUGAACGUGAAGCAGAACUGAAUAGGGCUCUUGAAGAACAUGAGUCUAGACACCAGAAAGCAGUGUUGGAACUAAAAACACUGGAACAACAAGACUUGCCAGAUCAGUCUCAACCCUUAGCCAAGCAACUGGAGAAAGCUUUGGAUGCAUUAAGAAAUAAAAGUGUCCUUUUAGAGAAAUUUGAAAAGGAAAUUGAAUUAUUAAAAAAUGAAGCCCACGAUAUGAGGAAAGAGCUUAGGGAAAAGGAUAUUGCUGUCAUUGCGAGAGACCAGGUAAUCAACGAAUUAAGGAUCAAAGGAAGUAACCUUAAAAGUCUAACCCAGUUUACUGAUGAGGCUAAAAUUGGUAGUUCAUCUGAAGUUGCAUUACCUGAAGAUGAAGGUAUUGCAAUCAUUAUUAAUGGUUUGAAAGAGAGACUUGCAUUAAGUCAAGAGGCUGUCAGCCAUUACCAAGACCUUCUUUCCAAGUCUCAUACAGAAAAUCAGAAUAUAAUUUCUAAAAACAAAGAUGAGAUUUUACGCAUAACAAAGGAAAGAGAAGCAGCAAUGGCAAAAGUUCGUGAGCUGCAGUCACAGUUGAAUAACAUCCCCACUCGUGACCCAGGAAUGUCUGCUUUGAGUGAAGCUCAAGUUACUCAGAUUCACAAUUUAGAGGACACAGUUAAAAUGCUAGAUGUUCAGCUUGAAGAAACAAGAAAUGGAAAGUUAGCUGUGGAAGGUAAAGUUGCCCAACUUGAACGUGAAUUAACUGUCACUCGGCGAGAAUAUUCAGAAGAGAAAGAGCACAUGGAAGUAUCAAGUCAGGUACGUGCUCAGCAACAUCAGCGAGAGGUAGAUAGACUGUCAGGAGAAAUAAAUAACAUUCGAAAUGAGAGGGAUGAUCUCCGCAAAGAGAUUACUCUUCUGAAAGAGUCUGCAAAUCGUACACCAUCUGCAAUUCUGCGCACACUGGUAGAAAAGUUACGUGAUCAACUAAUUGAGAAAGAAAAACAAGUAGCAAAACUGAGCUUUGCUGUGCAAGAAAUGAAGGAAAGAGUGUCAAAUAGCACUACCAAAGAUGACAUACAGGAGGAUUCAGAAGUUGAGAAGGAUGUGGCCGAGUCAAUGAGCAGAGUUGUGGAGUCUCUUAAAACAGAACUUGAAGCUGUCUCUAAAGCAAAAGCUGAUUUGGAUUACAAGUUAAAUGAACAGUUUAACUCCUUUACUAGAAAAAAUGAACAGAGCAAUCAAGAAAUAGAGGAUCUGAAACAAGAGCUCAAGAGUCUUAAAAGUCAGAAUUUAAAGAUUGAGAAACAAAUGCUUCAGCUAAAAAGAAACAAUAAUAGUAUGAAGCAGAAACUUGAAGAUUUAGAAGGAAAGUCUCCUGCAGCUAUAAUCAGAACAAUAAAAAGCUUGAAAGAAAAGCUUGAGAAAAUGGAUGCAACUCAAGAAAUAGAAGACAGCGAGAACCGCAGAGCCAGAAGUCAAGAACAAAUAGUGAGAUGGGAGGAAAGGAAGAAAUCAAAGGGUGUAAUAGACAAACUAAAAGCAAGAGUAAAAGAACUUGAAGACUCAUUAGAAGUAAAUAAGAAAAAAUUAGAAACUAGUCAAGAACUGUUGAGCAGAAUUGAAAAAGAGAAACUAUCACUACAGUUCAAACUUAAUAACAUUAACAAAGUAUCUACAGAUAAGAUGUGUGGUGUAUGCCUGAAAACUCUAAAUCCAUUGGAGUUGGGAAAUAGUUCUGUUGUCCAAGAAGAGUCAUCCCCAGCCCACACAAGUAGAUCCCAAGGAAAAUCUUUCAGGCAAAUGUAUAGUAGCCCCUCCCCCGACAGACCUAGAACAAGAAGAGAAACCAUGUCAAGGGCUACUAGCCCUGUUAUGGCUAAAAGAAUUGCAAAUGAAGAGGAUGAUGCUGAAAUGAAAUUGAGAGGACAGCUUAAAAAAUCUCUGGAAGAUAAACAAAGGCUUGAAACCAAACUCAAAGGUGCAUUAGAAGAAGUAGCUGCUCUUAGGAAAAACUUGCAACAAAAAGAGGAAGACGAAGAAAGAAGAAUAAGUGAAUAUCAAAGCAUGGCAUCAAAACGAAGGAGUGGUGCAGCUGUCAUUUUGGAGUAUGAAUCUCGAAUCCUUUCUUUAGAAGAGGAAGUCAGACAGAAAUCUCGAUUGCUUGCGCAUGUAAAACAAGUAGUUCGAGAGGCUGCUGCCAGAGAAGAAUCAUUAUUAAGAGAUAAAGAGUCACUCUUUAAGAGAGUUACUCUAUUAGAAAGUGUAUCAGAGGAUACACCUGCUGCUCAUUUAAUUCAUGAACUUAGGCAAGCAAAACUCACCGUCACUAGACUUCAGAGGCACAUUGAUGAACUUCAGUGCCGCUAGGUUUUAGCUCAUCUCAGCUUGAAUCUUAACUACAUUUGCCUAUUUAUUCCUCAUUGAUUUUGUUUGAAGUAUCAAAUCAGGCCAUGCAAAAUUAAGAAAAUGAGCUGACAAAUUAGGUGUUAUUUUAUCCUUUUUUCUUUUGGUGGCUUAUGAAAGUGUUUAUUAUCAUGUUGGGGUUCUGUGUAUUUAACUCUUGCAUUGCACUUUCUGACAAUAGUACGUAUUUAUAAUGGUUAUGAGAUCCACACUUUAUAUGCAUAUGUACAUUUCUUACACUAACAAUAAGAGUUUUCACAAUUUUGUCAACAUGCUUCCUCAGGUGAAGAGUCAAGCUGUUAAACAUGCAAAAGCCCCUAUUUAAUUACAAAAAUACAUAUGCACAUACAACUGCGGAUCAUUUUAACAAAAAAAAAAAAAGGCACAACACAGUGUUCUGUUUGCAGCACAUACCUAAUUUAUAAUUAAACUAUUAACAAACAAUAAGACAAAUGCAGAAAUUGAUGCACACAAAUGUAUUUUAAAUAAAUAAAUUCUGGCUACAAAUACUAUAUCAAGGCUACUCCCAAUAAGUAAAGAUUUUCAGUUUUAAAAGUUACACUCCAUAUAUGAGCUUCAUUGUUAAGCUCUGUAACAAAUAUGGAAAAAAAUAUCCAAAACUUUAUAUUAUCUAGAAUUUCAGUCCAAUGCUUCUUAUAUUUUAUGAUGGGAUGGUUAUAGUUAAGUAAUGUAAGAUUCUGGAAGUGUAAUGAUUGAAUAUAAAUAGCUCAAGCAAGAAUGAAUUAGUACAAACAGUUCUGAAAUAUUAGGGAAUAACAUUAGUAACAUAAGUACAAAAUUCCCUGGAACACUCAUAAUACAGUAUUAAAAACAGUUUAGAGUUGCACUAAUGAUUAGACAUACCUGAUAUUGACUGCACAUUUUUAUAGGCAAAGCAGUAUGGUUAAACUUUUGUAAUAUUAAUAUAUAAGAAACAGAAUUUCAAUUAACAACAAUACUUUGCCCUAGAAAUUAUUAUGAGCAGUUUCUUUCUACGUUUCAGAUGCACAUACAUGUGGUCUAUACUUAUUUAUUCUCUAUAUCACUGCCCACCAAUUUGGGGUCUUCCUGUGCCAUAUGUAAUGUUAUCACUACUUAUGCAAGUCUGUCCAGGGAGUAGUUUAAAUUUGAUCCUUUCCAUGUUACUUGCAUCUUCUGUUUUUUUUUUUCCAUCAUCUACCAUGUUGCUGCACGAAGUGAAAUCCCCUUUUGAACAGAUCCUAAAAGUCAUUUUAGAGCAUGUGACUUGCAUCUCUGGUGAAGUGCGGUACUUCUUACCAAAGUAUUCUUGAAUUGCCGGUAUGCCGUGCUACUCUGAUGCAAGAUUCAGUGAAAUGUAAAAUACCUUGUCAUUCAAAUACACAGACCUGGAAGUUUUAAAUAAUAUUCAUAAAUAAUGCUUGAGAACAAUAAUUGAAUGAUACAAACUUUGAAAGGAAAAAUGUUGCAAAAUUAAAUGUGCUUAAAUCAUAAGAUUAUGAAAUAUAAUUGCAACAUUAAAUAUGCUUAUAAAGGAAAAAGUCUAAAGUAAAAUUACAAAAUGAGUUAAAAGCAAAGGAAGUACAGUACAGUAAUAACAAAGGCCAUUAAUGAACUCCAUAACUAUAAAAGUUUUUUGCCAUACAUUAAGUACAACAUUAAAAACUCUGACAAAAUUAAUGAAAUUUCAUGAAAGAUACUUAUGUAGAGUAUGCAUUGCAGAAGGUAGGUCAUUGAUGGUUAAACUAAAAUGCAACAGAGAAUAUUUACUGGAAAUACACAAAAAUUCCUUCAGACACUGAUGUAAGAUGGAAAAGUUAAAAACCCAGUAUCAGUGCAGCAUCAUUCAUUCAUGUACGUAGUAUGAAGUAGGGCAUUCAGAAUAAACCUGACUAACAUUGGUGAUCAAGGGCUUAUCCAACAUGUUAUAUUUUGCUUAUUUAACCAUUGUAUAUGAAGUUUGUAAGAUAUGUCUGAUUUAUUUGCUCUCGAUGCUCCAUUAAGUAUAAUUCUAAAGUACGAAUUCAUUCCUUUUUCACUAUGUACUACAGUGGUCCCCCCGUAUUCGGGGGGAUGCGUACCAGACCCCUCCGUGAAUAGUUAGAAUCCGCGAAUGUUUGGAACCCCCCUCUAAAAAUGCUAAAAACAGCCUAUUUUGUUAGUUAAAACUCAAGAAAAACCCACUAAAAAUUUUCGUACAUGGUUUUUUUAAUAGUUUUAUCACAAAAAGUGCAUUUUAUGAUGAAAUUCAUAAAAAAACCAGGAAUUUGUGGAUAUUUAUCAUAGAAAAAUACCGCGAAUGCGCGAAUUUUCCGCGAAUGAUGCAGGGAAACGUUCCCGAGAGAAAUCCGCGAAUCUGGAGAACGCGAAUACGGGGGGUCCACUGUACUUUACUAACAUGCUUCAACGAAAUAAUGUGGCAACACUGGUUUUCCAUUUGGUAAGAGAACUCUUCCCAAGAUGCUUAAUUGCUGGCUUAAAAAGAGCAUAGUGCAUCAGCAUGUUUAAAAACAAUUAGGAUCUUUUCUUUAAAAGAAACAGUAUUAGUAGAAUGUUAACAAAUUGUAGUAUACCAUAUUAAUGUACGUAUUCAAUGUUAGAGCAAAGUUUUAGAUGCAAAAUUCAAAUUUUUUGUUACUUUUGCAUUUUUUUGUUAAAUAUGCUUUCAAUGGCUACAUGCUUCCAGUAUUGCAAGAAAUAAUAAGUAAACUAGUCCAAUAGUUUCACUUAAGUGGAACGAUCUUUCCUCAAGUUACAAAAUGUUGUAAAGGAAUUUGUACAACUAUAUAAAGCAAAUUUAUAAAUUUUGAUUAACAACUAAUUACAACAGUAGAUUAGAUUACCUUGCCUUUUUUUCUUUUUCAUUUUAUAAAAGUAUACAAAAAGUAUGACACUGUUUUACAUUGCCAAAUACGUAGUUACUCUUAUGGAAACCAUUGUAACUUUAAUACUGUAGUGUCAUAUUAAGUUAUUAUACCAAAUACGUACUGUAAUGUAUCCCAUCCAGUAUGUGAUAGAUCUCUAGUCUAAUUUAUUUCAUACAGGUCAUUCCAACUUACUACUGAUUAUGUUGUAAUUUUAUAUGGAAAUCAGUUAACUAACAUAUCUGAUGUUAUUUUGAUGUACAAUAAUUUGAUUUCAAUAAAUUUUAGUUUCUCCA